AUGAGACUCGGAAGUCAUGAAUCGUCAUGGGGGCGUUUUGUCCGCAGAGCUGAGCUCCAAUCUCCAAGCCUUGAAGGGAAUGAUUAAACUCACUGCAGAUCGCGAUGGAUGGAGACACGUUCCUUCAGAAUAUGGACGGCAGACAAGAAGCAGAAGGGUCAGGGUUGCGUGGAGGCUAAGUAAAAUGUUGCCAUGAAUGUAUUUCCCUCUCUGCCGGGAAAGUGUCCAACUUCUUUCUGUUCGUUAGCAGCUCUAGCUGAGGCCAUGCACAGAGUAUACUUACCGCUUGUCCAGCCAUUAAGAGCAGCGCAUUGGCUGAUGGAGGCCCACAGCAUUCAUCCAUACUUGAUGCAUUUGAAAGUGCAGGCAGCCUGAUUUGCUCCAGACGCUUUUCACCCCGGAAAAGACUUUGAUGAAAGCUUUUAGAUACUAUCCCGUAAAGAAUCCUCCCUUCUCCUUUUAAUCAACUUUUGCACCCAUAUAAGAAAGAUUGUUCGUGUGGAAAGGGCAUAUGCACGGAACAAUCAGCGAUAGAUGGAUCAAAACUGCACAGGUUCUCAAGGACCAUUUGAGCACAUUUUGAGCAUUCCCUUUUUCGGAAAGCCUGCUGAACAGCCCGCAGUUGCUGUGGAACUGUAAGUCCAGGUUGGACUCUUCUAAGCUUUGCACAACCAGACGUUCAGCUGCUGAAGCGAAAAGACUCCUCUCAGACAGCAGCCAUGAAGGGCAAGCUGUAUGCUCUGACCGUCGCUGCACUUAUCCUGUUUGUGGUUGGCCCAAGCACUGCCAGUUCACUGGACAUGCCCCUGGAGGGUAUCACGCCUGGAAGAAUGAAGCAACUGUUUGAGGACCUUGCUGCAUUCACCGACUCCGCCCCUCCGUCCGUCACUCGGCUCGUGUUUACAGACACAGACAUGCAGGCCCGCAAGCACAUAAAGCAGCUGAUGACAGAUGCAGGCCUAAUAAUAAGAGAGGACGCAAUGGGGAACAUCUUCGGCCGUUGGCAGGGCUCAGAUCCAGAUGCAGGAGUCGUCCUGUCCGGAUCGCAUUCUGACAGCAUCGUCCUGGGGGGACGGUACGAUGGCACGGUCGGGGUCCUUGGGGCGAUCUCUGCAAUCAAAGCACUCCGAGAAGCUGGCUUCAAGCCGGUGAAGUCGAUCGAAGCCAUCAUGUUCAGCACGGAGGAAGCGUCCCGGUUCAACAUACCUUGCUUGGGAAGUCGGGGGAUCACCGGUCACCUGGACCCGAGCAUACUCGACUCGUACAAGGACGAGAACGGCACCAGCUUCGCAGAGGCGGCGCGCGCCGUCGGCUAUGCAGCGGCAUCUGCGCAGGAGUUCGCCGAUAAAACUCACUGGAAGAGAACGGGCCUCAAGAUCGACGCGUUCGUCGAACUGCACAUCGAACAGGGCCCGCACCUCGAGGCGGAGGGUUUCGACAUCGGCAUCGUCGAAGCCAUCGCUGCGCCGUCGAUGAUCCGCGUCGAGUUCACUGGGAAGGGCGGCCAUGGAGGAGGGAUGCCAAUGCUUCAACGAAACGACCCUUCAAUGGCCGCAGCCGAGCUGGCGCUCACCAUCGAGAAGGCCGCGCUCGGAACAGGAGCUUCUGAGACGGUCGCUACAGUCGGGCUAUGGGACCAGUCGCCCAACAUCUACAACGCAAUCCCCCGGAAAGUGCAACUGGACAUCGACAUCCGGGACACCGUCGGGGAGCGGCGCGACUCCGUCAUACAGACCGCCUUCGAUUCCGCGGCGGAAAUCGCCGCCCGGCGGAAGUGCGGCUUCUCGACCAAGACGCUGUUCGCGUAUCCCCCGGGCACCGGCGACGAGCGGAUAUUGAACGCAAUCGAGAAUGCUUCGAACAAGCUGGGCCUGUCGAGCAAGCGCAUGAUUAGCCGGGGCUACCAUGACGCAGGCUUGAUAGCGCAGAUUGCGCCCACGGCCAUGAUCUUCAUCCCGUGUCGUGACGGCCUGAGUCACCAUCCGGACGAGUACGCCUCUCCCGAGCAGAUUGCUAACGGUGUGAAAAUUCUCGCACUCACACUCGCUCAACUUGCUGGGAGCCCGUCUAGCGAAGGCAAAGACGAGCUGUAGAUUGGCUUGCUCGCGCGCUCACUUGGACAAAACAAAGAAAGCACGCUUUUAACAAUUACUUCGAGCUUCGUUUGAAAGUUGCGUUACUGGUCUUGUUGUUAGUCUUGUAGGCACAGCGGGAGUCUGCAAUGAUCCUGAUGCUCAUACAUAGGGGCUCAACAUAGUUUUUGGCUGUACAAGCAGGGCAUACGGUCGUAUCUGCAUUAAUCUGUUGUUACAAGCAGAGGUAACACCGUAGGUCCAUCCUAACAAAGCGAAAAGGAAGGAAGUGACCGAAAGAUGACAGCAUGGUACUCAGCGGCACGGACUGCUGCAGAAGAACAACUGCUACAUUUCAACACAUCACGUACAGAGACUCCGCAAGGCGUCGCUGGCUUGCUGCCGUCUCGGAGAACACUAGAGGUGACAAGGCGAACUUAGAUAGCAUAUAUAUGGGCGUCCGCGGGACUUGAUGAGCAUUUUCGAAUAUCUGCCACAUGCCUUCGGGGGAAACUGGAACCCACAUCCACUGGGUCAGACCGGG